AUGGCAGACCAUGAUUGUUGGUCUUUCAAAGUUAACAAACCAGAGCAUGCAUUGCAGAUAUUUGAGAAUAUGAAAGCAAACAAGUUACCGAGUCUAGAAUCUUAUGAGGAACUAGUGAAGUUGUAUUGUGAUCAUAGACAAUACUAUAAGGUUGUAGAACUUAUCAAUGAUAUGACUCAAAUUGGGCGUCCUAUUUCUUCCUUUAUCGGCAAUGUACUUCUGUUGAAUUCUUUGAGAACUCGGAAACUAUAUGAUGCGUGGGCUUGUUUAAGUCAUGAGCAAAAUCUAACACCUGUCAGUUGGAAAUUGGGCCAGCUGGUUGGUGUUUUUUCUGGCUGUAUUGAAGUAAACCAAGAUAUGGAGGAUGUGGAAAAACAGAUUCAGCAAUCCUUCCCUCUAGACACCUACACUUACAAUUUGCUUCUGCGAAGAUUAAGCAUGAAGGAAAUGGACUAUGCUUGCCAGUACCUUGAUAGAUUGCAUCAAAAAGGGUAUGAGCCAAACAGAUGGACUUAUGAUAUAAUAGUGCAUGGUUUUGCCAAACGUGGUCAGAUUGUAGAGGCUAGAAAGUGGAUGGAAGAGAUGUUUAGUAAAGGUUUCGAUCUUACUGAGUACACCAAAAAAGUCAUCUAG